AUGUGCCAAACGUGGGAAUUCUCCUCCGGCUGGGCGCGUGCCUCAUCGAAAAUGUGCUCGCAGGAGCCUCAGAAGCCCGAGGGCACCAACAGCCGGGCGCAGCAGGAGUACGAGACUUUGGUGCAAGAGCACCAGCUGAAGCUGCAGCAGCAUGCGGAGCUGGAGGCGAGCGUGGAGGCCGCCCUGAAAAGCGGCAAGAGCGAGGCUGUGCUGCAAGCGGCCAGGGAAGUGCUGAUGGACGCCUUAGACAAAGAGCGGGGCCACACCGUCACAGACCACUCCAUUUUUGACGCCCACGGGCGACGCUUUGAGGAGGAGUACUUUGAGGACAUGGAUGCCCUGGGCAUUCUGAGACCCGACGUCGUGACGCGGAUUACCGAGUACAUGGAUGGCCGUGUCCAAAAGUUCAUCGAGAGACUGGAAGAGCUUGGAGUAGCAUACGCUUCCGCCGGAAGUGUCUACUUUGACAUCGCUUCCUUUGAGAAGCUGGGCUUCUCGGCAGGAGCCCCCCAAUUUCUUGGACAUCAUACGCCUGGAAAGUAUGGGGCUGACCCCUUCGUGGACCUUGAGGCUACCACUACAGGACCAGUGCAAUACGACGACUGCGAGCGCGUUUUUCAUGGAGAGUAUAGGAAGCUGGUGCCAGCGCUGCAUGCGACGGCCAAGGAGAUGGAGGAGGGCGAGGGGGCGCUGGCGGCCGAAGACGCGGAGAAGCGGAGCCCCAACGACUUCGCCCUUUGGAAGAAGUCCAAGCCAGGGGAGCCAGCCUGGGAGAGCAAGUGGGGUCCAGGCAGACCAGGUUGGCACAUCGAGUGCUCGGUCAUGGCCACUGACAUCAAUGGCGAGUACCUCGACAUCCACGCCGGAGGCGAGGAUCUCAAGUUCCCGCAUCACGAUAAUGAGAUGGCUCAGUCAGAGGCCUACCUCCAACGCUCCCAGUGGGUGAACUACUUCUGGCAUGCUGGGCAUUUGCACAUUGAAGGCCUCAAGAUGUCCAAGUCGCUGAAGAAUUUCAUCACGAUCCGGCAGGCGUUGCAAGUGCACUCCGCCCGACAGCUGCGGCUGAUGUUCCUCAUGCAGGCCUGGGAUAAGGGCAUGAACUACUCGGACCAGGCGAUCGACAUGGCAAAGGCGGAGGAGAGAAGAGCCGCAGCCCUGAAGGUCUUGGUAAAGGCGCCCUGUGGUGAACAUCCUGAGAAGAGGUACUUCACGACUCCAUGGCUGAAAGACUGGUUCGAGCCGCCCAAUGCGGAGUGCAACUGGUGGUGCCCAGACGCGCGGGAGCAGGAGCUGUUUACCCACCUGGUGUUCCUGAAUAAGGUGGGCAUUCCCUCGCUCCUGGCGGAGUCUACUCCCAAGGCAGUGAGGCCCUACCUUUACGUGUCCGUGCCCUUGGACCUGUCUGCCCUUCCGCAGGGUCACGAGUACCUCCGCGGGCAGGCGGAUAGCAAUGGCAUUCCGGACAUGCUGAAGUGCGACUUCCUGGAUCCCAUCAUUUGCGCAAUGGCCGAGAGCGUCUUCACCCUCGUGCAGCACGACGUGGACACUCACUUGGUUGCAGUGCUGGAUUCCAGCGGCUUCAGCAGAGAGAAGUCGACACUGCUACUCUCCUUCCGCAUCGUCUUCCUGGAGCUCUCCGUGCCGCUGCGCGCGGCGGUCAAUGUGCGCGGGCAGGUCCGGCAGCUGAUGGAGCAGCGCUGCCGGGAGUCCGCCCCCUGGCUCCGCCUCGAGAACUGGGCCACGGCGCUGCCAGAGGAGGUCUUCGAGCCGGAGAUGCGGCAUCCGCUGGCGUGGUGCGACUGGCCGGGCUUCCACUUCUUGGAGCGUCGCGUGCUGGAGCCCUUCGCGCUGCUCCACGUCCGCGUCUUUGAAAGCGCCACGGAGCUCGAGGCCUUGGAGCAGGCCGAGGUGAAGAUCGAAGACGCAGAUGCUUGGACUGGCCGCGCCUGGGCUCCGUGUGGCCCAGCAGCAGCCACUGCCGCCCAGAGCGCCAAGAGCCGAGACCUCUCCGGCGCUGAGCGGACGAGUUUUGAGAGCAGGUGCUUCAGCUUUGCCACCAAGCAGGACGACCACAUGGGAAUUCCGCGACGAAAGGGCGGCCGGAAGUCGGGCGGUGAGGAGAAGUUAGCUGCUUCAGUCGCCGCCUGCAAGGACGCCAUCCACAGUGCCAUCCUGGACAAUUUUGCCACGCCAAAGGUAGUGGAGGCGGUGUCCAAGUUGGUGCUGGAGGCCAAGGCCACGAUGGACUCCCUGGACGCCUGCCUUGCGCCCGUGGAGAAGGCCGCCGAGCUGGUGGAGUUCACCAUGUCCAUGCUGGGCGUGGAACACCUGCGGGUGUCCAAGGAGCCAAAGGAGCCCUGGACGAAGGCGGUGGACACAGUGGCGGCUUUGCGGCAAGAGGUCCGCGACCUGGCGAAGGACCUGGGCUACGGGGCAGGGUACUUAGUAAGUGGUUCGUAG